AUGUACAAGAGUUCAAAAGCCUCCAUAAUUAUUGACUGCGAAGACAAGACUUUGCUUCCAGAAUUAGAAGAUCGGCCAUUGUCAUCUCCUGAGGAAGACUUUACACCCCACAUUUGUCAUUUGUGUUGCUGCCCUGAGAGAGCGGGGGUGGGGACUUCUCUUGACACCGCACUGGGGGCCAACAUCACUGAGAAAGAGGAGGAGAGAGCCGGCGAGGGUGGGGUUUAUGGGGUGGGAUCGGCCAAGUCCCUGUGA